AUGCCGGAGCCAGUUGAAAGCACCAACUGGAUUACGCUGUCUCCAUCAGAGCGGGAGCAGUACGACCGCACUGUUCAGGAAACUGCCGAGAUUAUCCGACAAAAGACUUGGGAAAGGACUGGGAAAGGGAACCAUUUUGGUCUGUUCCAGGCCCAGCUGCAGCUCAGGCUCAUCUGCAACCACGGCACGUACCAAGUGCCCCUGAAGCUGAGCCGGAGGGACAGGCGGACGGAGCGCGAAGCGAUGCUGCAGGCCAUUGGUCUGGGAGCCGACACGAUCUGCUCUGGGUGCGGCGCUCCAUUCUCGGCGUUCGAAGCGCUCAGCUCGACACUAUGCAAGCACAAGUUCUGUGCGGAGUGCAUGGAAGACAACAACGCUCCAUGUCCGCUGUGCCACGCCCGAACAAGGGUGGACGAACUCGACGAGGUGCCAAAUGCUGGCAUGGGGCUCCCCUUGUACGCCGAUGUAGGGAAUGGUGGCUAUUUCAACAUGAAUGGCAUGUCGUCCAAGAUGGAAGCCUUGAUGAAGGACGUGAAGGCAGUCUCGCGAUUAGGUGGUGCAAAAAGACUGAACCUCACCGUCGCGAGCCACAUCUUCAUCUUUGAGCCGCAGUGGAACCCAAGCGUGGAAAGCCAAGCGAUUGGCAGAGCGCAACGGCUCGGGCAGGACCAGCAGGUCUUUGUGACGAGAUAUCUGGUUGCUGGAACCGUUGAGAAUAGAAUGCACUCGCAGCAAAAGAGAAAAGUCGAACUUGCCAAGGUCGGGUUCGAAAACGAAUCCAUCGCUUCUGAGCAGGGAGAUUGA